GGCAGAGACAGUGCCAUUUGCCGUUACCCUUAAACCCUCUUCUCAAAAACCCUCUUCACUCGUCAUCACAGUAAUGGCACACCUGAAAUGAAGCUUUGAUAACAAUGAUUAAACUUCACAGAAGCUUCUUCUCCACUCCUUCCUCCUCAACCCCUCUCUCUCUUCGCCACUUCAUGUUGCAAUUCAAGGCGCUUCACAAUCCGUCAAUCUCGCUCUCACCGCACGCCACUUUUGGCAUCUGCAACACAGUUCGAUGCCAAAAGCGUUUGGUUUUCCCUUCUAAGAGCCACUUUGGCUCUCUCGGUGCCGUUGUGAAGUCUACGACGUCGUCUACUGCUUUCAGUUUUCCGUUUCGUGUUGGAAGUGGUUUGGUUAGUGAUAAUAUUUUUACAAAGAGCUUUUCGUCGCGCGUGGCGGAUAGUAAGCAAAAGAAAAGGGCGAAAGCUUUCGUUUUCCGCCGAAAAGAUAAGGAUGGGAGCAAUGUAGCUUCUAGAAGCUUGGGCGACGAGAAGAAGGGUUUGUCAUGCACCGCGAGUGGUGAAGAGGACACCAAAACGGUGAAGAACAAGAAGAAACCGUCGAGGAGCAAGAAAGAGAGCAAGGUUUCUGCCAGCAAUUUAUUAUCACAAGAGGAUGCUGGUGCAGAAGUUUCUAGAAAAUCUUCUUCCAAAGGGAAAAAGACAGUUUCAAAGAAGAAUUCGACCAGGAGUGCUCUUCAAGAAAUACCGGAUAAUUCUAAUUCUGUGAAGGAAAAUGGGAACUCUAGUCAAUAUGAAGAGGUGAAACCUCAAUGGAAAUAUACGCACAGGCCGUUAUAUCCUCCCUCUGGAAAGUCUGUGGUGGUUGUGGAGUCUGUUACAAAGGCAAAGGUUAUUAAGGGAUACCUUGGGGAUAUGUAUGAAGUCUUGCCAAGCUAUGGUCAUGUGAGAGACUUGGCUGCAAGGUCUGGAUCAGUGCGACCUGACGAGGAUUUUAGCAUGGUGUGGGAGGUUCCGUCACCUGCCUGGACUCAUCUGAAGAGUAUCAAGGCUGCACUGAGCGGAGCAGAAAACCUUAUUCUUGCAUCAGAUCCUGAUCGUGAGGGAGAGGCUAUUGCUUGGCACAUCAUUGAGAUGUUACAACAACAGGGUGUGGUACACGAAAAUGUUUCUGUAGCAAGGGUAGUCUUUCACGAGAUAACUGAACAAUCUGUAAAAGGUGCUCUACAAACACCACGAGAGAUUGAUGUCAAUUUGGUUCAUGCUUACCUGGCCCGACGAGCUCUUGAUUACUUGAUUGGGUUUAACAUUUCACCAUUACUAUGGAGGAAGUUACCAGGAUGCCAAUCAGCGGGAAGAGUUCAAUCUGCUGCACUUUCUCUUAUAUGUGAUAGAGAAAUGGAAAUUGAUGAAUUUAAACCGAAGGAGUAUUGGACUGUUUGGGCUCAAUUGAAAAAGGAAGAAGUGGGGUCCAACAAGGACCUUACCUUUUCUGCUCACUUGACCCAUUUUGAUUCAAAAAAGUUGAAUCAGUUUUCAAUUACUUCUGGUACUGAUGCAAGAGAUAUCCAAAGCAAAAUAGACUCAGCCAAUUUUCAGAUUGUUAGCUUGAAAAGAAACAAAGUUCGAAGAAAUCCUCCAACACCUUACAUAACAUCAACACUUCAGCAAGAUGCUGCAAACAAGUUGCAUUUCACAGCAAGUCACACAAUGAAGCUUGCACAGAAGCUCUAUGAGGGAGUUGAACUGUCUGAUGGUGUAGCAGUGGGUCUGAUAACUUAUAUGAGAACUGAUGGACUCCAUAUUUCUGAUGAAGCUGUUGCCAGCAUACGCUCCCUGAUCAUUGAAAGGUACGGACAAGAUUUUGUCUCACAAAAUGCACCAAAGUAUUUUAAAAAGGUUAAAAAUGCACAAGAGGCCCAUGAAGCCAUUAGACCAACUGACAUACGCAAGUUACCAUCAAUGCUCGCUGCAGUACUAGAUGAGGAGUCCUUGAAGCUCUACACACUUGUUUGGUCACGAACAGUUUCAUGUCAAAUGGAACCAGCUAUCUUUGAGCAGAUACAACUUGAUAUUGGAAAUGCUGAUCACUCUAUUAUAUUACGGUCGACCAGCUCAAGGGUUGAGUUUCCAGGAUACCGGGCAGUUUUUGUGGACUUUGAUUCUGAAGCUGUUCAAGAUAAAGAUAGUGAUGGAACCAAUCGUGAUCAAACAUUUGGGGUACUAAAUUCCUUGAAGCCAGCAGAUCCACUACUUCUUGUUCAAACUGAACUUAAUCAGCACUAUACACAACCGCCACCACGGUACUCUGAAGCAUCCUUGGUUAAGAAGCUUGAGGAGCUUGGGAUUGGAAGGCCAUCAACAUAUGCAACCACAUUAAAAGUUUUACAGGAUAGAAACUAUGUAAUGGUAAAAAGUCGAGUUUUGUCUCCAGAAUUUCGUGGUCGCAUGGUUUCAGCUUUUCUGUCAAAUCAUUUUUCAGAGGUCACAGACUACAAUUUCACUGCAGAUAUGGAAACUGAGCUUGAUAAUGUUUCUGCUGGAUUAACUGAAUGGAAAGGCCUCCUUAGAGACUAUUGGACACGUUUUAAAUCAUAUUGUGAGCGUACUUCUAAUGUUCAUAUUCAUCAGGUUGAGAAGAUGUUGGAAAAAAAAUUUGGGGAUUAUUUAUUUGCUUCUCUCCCAAAUCAGAGUCGGGUGUGUCCAAGUUGUAUGGAAGGCACACUUAUUUUUAAAGUAAGUAGAUUUGGUGCUGGCUACUUUAUAGGCUGUGAUCAACAUCCGAGGUGCAAGUACAUUGCUAAAACAUUAUACGGUACAGAGGAGGAGGAGGAUAUACCUCAGCCAAGCAUUAAAGUAGAGGAACCAAUAGUCCUAGGUGUUAAUAGUGGUUCAAAUGAAAAGGUUCUUUUGAAAACUGGUCCUUUUGGAUUCUAUGUUCAACUUGGAGAAGACAGGACAGGAUACAUACCUAAAAGAGCCUCUGUCUCUCAUAUCAAGGAUGUGGGUUCUAUCACCCUUGAAGAUGCACUUGAUUUACUACAAUAUCCAUUGACAUUGGGUAAACAUCCCAAGGAUGGACGGCCUGUCACAUUAAAGCUUGCAAGAGUUGGGUUUUGUGUUAGACAUCGACACACGAUUGCUUCUGUUCCUAAGAAUAUGAAGCCAACUGAUGUCACCCUGGAAAAAGCCCUUGAACUUCUAUCUGGUGAAAACGUGAGACGAUCUGGUCGACCAAAAGGCAAACCUAAACCUAAAGUUGAAGUUGAAGCUAUUGAAGCCUUCUAAGUUUUGUAAUGCAUAAGUGCGGAUUUUUCUCGUGAUUGAACGUUAAUAUCUGCCUCUAGCUGCUACUAGCAAUUUCCACCGAUUGUCCAAUCAAAGGGUUUGCAAAUCCAAGUCCCAGACGAGUCCUGGAAGAUUCAUUUUUGGAGCCAAAUGUAUAUUUAUUUAUUUUUCUUGAAAUUUUGUUGCAUGUUUUUUUCUUGGUGUAACUGUAUACAACGUUAGGCUAAUCUGAUAUUUAUUUUAGAUAGAAAUAUAAUUAUACUGUUAUACGGAAUCCCCGUUGAACUUGAUUGAACCCUGAAAGCUUUGAUUUUGAUCAGCCUAAGGGUUGAUAAUUCUUUUUGUCAUUUUGUAUACUAUAAAGCCGAUCAAGAGACUUGCACAGGAAAUUCAUAUUAUAAAGCCUAUUCAUUACCUUUC